AUGGAGAGCAUCCAGCUCGCACAGAUGCUGGCGGACCUGAGCGACUUGAACGCAGCGGAAUCCCCCGCCGCCAGCGCUCUCGUCAAUGCAAACAAGGCCGGCCCGACAUCAGCGACCACCGAAUCGGGCAGCUCCGCCGACCAGGUGCCUGCGCGAUCCGGCCCACGACACCACAAGCGCACCGGGUCCGGCGGCUCGGCAGCCUCCGCGGGUUCCGCCUUCAUGUCGAGGACCGCUUCGCCAGCCAAGUUCGACAAGUACGGCCGGCGCAUCCUCACGCCCCCCAACACGCGCACCAACUCGGCCUACGGGUCCAUCCCCGGGACGCCACGGCGAGAAUCAGAGCCGAUCGACGAUGAUGUCGACAGAGCCAACUCACUCAUGGCGCUCUACGAGAUUCGCGCCAAGCUCAGGGACCAGCAUAACAGUCAGAACCUGACCAGACUGAGGGAGAAGAUUGCCGCUUUGCAUGCCAAGCAGGUGCAAGCCGAGAAGAAGGACGGCGAUGCGGGGAGGACCAAGUUCAGUUAUCCCAAGAGCCCCUGA